AUGUCGUUCCUCAUCAAACAUGCGAAACAGGCCGUCACCGACAAACAGACAAAUGUCGUCAUCUUCUCGGCCACGGCCAUUGCCCUCUAUGGCUACGAUCAGGGUAUGAUGUCCCUCAUCAACACGAAUUAUGACUAUCUCUCCACCAUGGGCCUCGAGGAGGAGUCACCAAUUGUGGGUGUCAUCGUGGCUGUCUACUACCUCGGUUGCGCUGUUGGCGCCGUACUCUUCUCCAUGCUCGCUGAUAAGCUGGGAAGGAAAAAGAGUAUCUUCGCUAGUCUGGCGAUGGCUAGUCUGGGAAACUUGAUCAUGUUCGUGGCCGGUAUGGGCAUGUUGGGGAAGAGCACGGAGAUUGCAUUGGGCGUCAUGCUAGCUGGACGAGUGGUUAUGGGAUUGGGUGUCGGAGGUAUUGACGCAGUCAUUCCAACAUACUCUUCCGAGUUGAGUGCGGACGACUCCCGUGGUAAAGCGCUGGCCCAGGAAUUCCAGUCCAACAUCUUUGGUCUGCUCAUGGCGUUCGGUAUCAACUUGCUUGUUACCAUUCUUCUCGGAAAGCAAAACCAAUGGGCCUGGCGUGUCCCCAUCAUUGUCAUGCAGAUCUACCCCGUUCUGCUCAUGGCGUUUGUCGAACGCCUUCCAGAAUCCCCGCGCUGGUUCAUCUUCCACGACCGUCAAGAGGACGCAAAGAAUGCAUUAAACGACAUUUAUGGAGAUGAAGGGAAAAAACAGUUUGAUCAGCUGCUCGAACAGCAUGAGAAGGAGAAGGAUGUAAAGGUUGGAUACUUGGAUAUGCUCACACCCGGACAUGAACAAUUCCAUCCCACCAUGGUCACGGUUAUGUGCCAGAUCAACCAGGCACUCACAGGAUAUGGCGCAGUCAGUGUAUAUGGACCACAGAUCUUCGAGCUGCUCGGCUUCUCAGUUCGCAACUCCGAGUACCUGACUCUCGGAAACUACACAUCCUACUUCUUCCUCAUGACGCUUGCUUGGCUUCUGAUCGACGCACUUGGCCGACGCCAACUUAUGAUCCAAGGUUCCAUCAUCCUCUCCUCCUCAUUCGCGCUUCUCGCUGUCUUCGGUGGUCUAGCAGCCAACUCCCACUUCAUUCAUAUCCCCGUUAUCAUCCCUGGGAUCAUUGGAACCGCCAUCUUGUUCGUAGCCACAGGUGCGUUCGGAAUUGGCUGGCUCUCAACCGUCUGGCUUUUCCCCACCGAAGUUUUCCCCACCACCGCACGCGCCCAGGGCACAGCCAUUUCUGUCAUCGUCUGGGGCCUAGCCAACUUCGCCAUCACCUUCCUUACUCCCGUCCUAUUCAACAAUCUCGAAUACUUCAUUUUCCUCGUCUUUGCCGCAACUAAUGCUUUCGCCGGCCUGUGGACGUACUUCUAUCUUCCAGAGACUGGUGGAAGGACUUUCGACGAGAACAUGGACUUCUUCAAGGACGCGGGUGAGACGGGAACCUGGAGGGUCGGAAAGGUCCGUAAGGGCGAGUGGAAGAAGAUGCUGUACGACGACCCUGAGGGAGAGGUGUGGAAUAGUCUAGGAAGCCAAGCCGACAACGCGAGGAGUAACAAGAGCAAGCCCUCCAUUCUACAUCGUGGUCGGUUGUUGACUCCUCCGCGGCAUAGUAAAACUGGCGAAAAAGUUGUCAUAUCCAAUUAG